AUGAAAUUCUGUUUCUGUUUAAUUACACUUUCGCUAAUCUGCUUUGUAUCAGCAGGUUCAAGCGAAGAAACUACAACUUUUGAUAUAACUGGAAAUCCAGAAAAUAUUGAAGACUUCGUCUUUCAAGGAAAGGAAACAGCUUCUAAAGGACCAAGAUUACAAAUCUCAAAUGGACGUCAAGCUACUAACACACAAUUCCCAUAUGUUGCUGAGUUGGCAAUUAAUACAGCUACUGGUGGAUUUUUAUGUACUGGUUCAUUGAUUGGACGUAAUUGGAUAUUGACUGCAAGACAUUGUAUUGCUGGUAAAACCAUCACAUCUAUUCGUGCAUCUUUGGGAUCAGCAGAUCGUCAAGGUGCAAGAACUCACAUUGCAGUCGUUUCCGCUACAUACAUAAAUGCUGCUGAUGGAGUUAAUCAUCCUGAUAUAGCUCUUUUCCGUCUUGCACAAAAUGCACCAAUUACAGCUACUAUCAAAACUAUUCGUCUCCCUAAAAUGUCUAAAGCAAACUUUGCUUACGAUAAUUAUCAAUUUACUGCAAUUGGAUGGGGACUGGUUUCUCCUGGCGUAUUUUCACGUUACUUACAAUAUACAUUCUUCAAAACUCUUCCAAAAACAAGCUGCUUACCCGUUAAUACAGGAAUAUAUUAUAUGUGCAGUAAGCCACCAACUGGAACUUCACAACUUUUGGGCGGUGAUUCCGGCGGUCCUGGAGUUAUCGUUGAAGCUGAUGGAAUUGAAACUCAAAUUGGUGUUAAUGUUGCAUACGUCACCUCUGGAACCAACAUUUGGCAAAAAACAACAAGAGUUUCAAACUUCUUGACAUGGAUUAAAACACAAACUGGAAUCUCUUAUGUCUAACCUGCUGGCAGUGUUACAUUUUGUUCCAAUCCAAUUAAAACUUUUGUAAAAAUAAAUUGAUUUUUUUUUGGCCAAUAAAGUAAAGUAAUUUUUAAAAAGCAU